AUGGAGCAGAAUGCUCCGCGGGAAUGGUACCACGCCGGCGACGAGAUCCUACAAGAGAAUAGAACGCGCUGCAAAAAGGCGUGUGAAAAUUUCAAUGCAGCGACAUAUGCCUCUCGCCGCACCAAGGUGGGGCUCUGGAGGACGAUUGUUGGGGACACUCGUCCACUCCCUAUGGAAAUCUCGGAUCCAAAGGAAGAUGAGGCUCUAUUUGAAGAGACAGAUCCAUUUGUCGACGGCCCCGUCUCAAUAGAUCACGGCCUGAAUUUCAAGGUGGGAAAGGGAAGCUUCCUAAACUUCAAUCUCCUCGUUUUGGACACAUGUCUCAUCACAAUUGGCGAAAAUGUUCUUUUUGGUCCAAAUGUCAGCCUGUAUGGUGCAAUUCAUCCCAUGGAUCCAGCGGAACGUCGUGGACUUAAGGGACCAGAAGCAGGGAAGGAAAUUCACAUUGAGGAUGACGUUUGGAUUGGAGCCGGUGUCUCAAUUCUAGCUGGUGUGCGAGUUGGACGAGGCAGCACCGUAGGUGCUUGUUCGGUGGUCACCAAGGAUGUCCCCGCUUUUCAUUUUGUUGCUGGGAAUCCUGCUAGGGUUAUUCGACGAAUCGAGUCAACAAUGAACUCAGGCCCAGAUGAUAACGCAGCUGAGAAGCCAGAUGUUUGA